GUUAAAAGACGCACAGGAAAUAACAGCUGAACUUCUCUUUCUGUGCCAGUCAUUAAUACAAACAGAUAGUUGGUUCUUACAUAUUCAUACAUUUGAGGACAUCGGGUCCAUAAAGAUCCAUACAGAGCAAUAAAGAGCCCUGGCGAGCAUCCACCGACGACACCUGACAGGACAAGACGAGACAUCACUGAGAUACCAUCAUGUCAGGUGAAUAUGGAGAAAAUGUCACCACACCUGAUUAUGGACCCUAUGAUGGCAGUCCUUGCAGCAUCACCGAUCUGAAGGAUUUCAACCGGGUCUUUCUGCCCACUAUCUAUAGUUUGGUGUUCGUCCUCGGCAUCAUAGGCAACGGUUUAGUGGUUGCCGUCCUGGUGAAGCACCGCAACCGGACCAACUUUACAGACAUCUGCCUCUUCAACCUGGCCGUCUCCGACCUGGUCUUCAUCCUCACGUUGCCCUUCUACUUCCACUACUCCGUGGUCGGCCAGUGGCUUUUGGGAGACUUCAUGUGCCGCUUCGCCUCUGGCUGCCACUCCACCGGCUUCUUCGGCAGCGUCUUCUUCAUGGUCGCCAUGACGCUGGACCGCUACGUGGUCAUCAUGCACGCCCACAAGGUGGCCCACUAUCGCACCCUGAGGGCGGGCGUCGCGGUGAGCGCGUGUGUCUGGACGCUGAGCGCGUGCGUCUCUCUGCCCUCCGUUCUCUUCACCAGGGUGACGAAUGACUCUUACGGGGUGCACUGUUACUUCGAGCCGGAGAACGACGCCUGGAAGCUCUACAACAUCUACUCCACGAACACAUUGGGUCUCGCCAUUCCCUUGUUGGUGAUGAUAGUUUGCUACUCCAGGAUCAUCCCCAUCCUGCUGAACAUGAGGAGCGCAAAGAAGCACCGCGCCGUCAAGCUGAUCAUCUCCAUAGUGAUCGCCUUUUUCCUAUUCUGGGCCCCAUAUAACAUCUCCCUUCUCUUGGAGCAUCUGAUGGCCCCAAUAAGCGAUUGCGCCACGGACGCACGCUUAUUUAUGUCGAUAACAGUGACCGAGACCAUCGCUUACACUCACUGCUGCCUGAACCCCAUCAUUUACGCCUUCGUGGGUCAAAAGUUCAUGAGGCGAGCCUUGCAGCUGCUGAGAAAUUGGGUGCCCGGGGUUCUCCUUUGCUCCGCCAGAGUGUCUUCGGAUAGCUUUUCCAGGAAAAGCUCCACUAUGUCAAGGUCCUCCAAUACUACCUCCAAUUUCAUCAUGUAGGAGGCGGAGGCCAGAUUGUGUUACGUUUUUAUGGACGUGGCGUGCAGAGUUGGCAUGUUUUUUGAUCUGGGUAAUGUUGGUAUCAUUGGGGACCACAUUGUCAUCUUUCAUGCUGCAAGAUCUGUUUCGUCACUUCCAUUAUCGGCUUAUGACAGCGCAAGUCAUGAGCGCGGUCUAAUCUUACAAAGCUGCAUGCACGCAUACAUAUUGUCUUGAGACUUCGUUUACCCUGGAAUGUAUUGUGUCAUAAAAACAUGUCGGAUGUGUAGCGCCAUCAAGUGUGAUCUGAUGAGUAUCAGCAUGUCUUUAUGAUCUCAGUAACCUCCUUUUCUUGCUGACCGUUUGACUGUAAAUCUUGAGCCUUUUUGUUUGAAAACCACAAAGUUUGUUUUACGCGUGGCGGUUGUGUUUAAAACGUUCAUGCAUUAUUUGAUGCGCCUGGAAGAGGAACAUUCACGUCUGUAUGGAAUUAAACAAUAAAUUGUUUUCCUUGUGGAA